UGGUGGAGAGAAACGCGCGUCUGUCUCAGCCACCCCUAAUUCGCCGAGAAGGUUGUUUUUCAAACACGGUUGUGGUUCCUAAGGGCUUGCUCAAAGAGGGGCGCCCUUUCGGGGUGGGGCGCCAUGACGGGCCGCAAAUUCUCUAAAGAGAAGAAGCGGCAUCGCUCCCGUUUGUGUUGCCCAGAGGAGGGAGGCGGCAGCGAAAGGAAACGGCGGAGUACCGAAUCGCUCCACAGCGUCCCUGAGGAAACAAAAUGUACUGCGCAAAUUCCAGAAAAAGAGGAUGUGGGAGAAGAGCCCAGUGACAUAGAAGAAGGUGGACUUGAUCUCAGUGUGCAGUUAAAACCUGUUAGUUUUUACAUCACAGACAAGAAGGAAAUGCUUCAGCAGUGCUUUUAUAUCAUAGGGGAGAAGAAAUUGCAGAAAAUGCUGCCUGAUGUUUUGAAGAACUGUUCCAUAGAAGAAAUUAAAAGGCUUUGUCUUGAACAGCUGGAACUCAUGUCUGAGAAGAAGCUUCUGAAAAUUCUUGAAGGUGAGAAUGGGGCUGACUCUGACAGUGAUGAAGAGAUUGAUGGGGGUGAAGAGAAGACAGCAACUGAAUCAAUCAGUCAGCAAGAUAAUAGCAUAGACUCCACUUCUUCUUUGAAGGAAGACAACAAAUUGGAAGGAUUGGACUCAAAACAAGGCAAAGGAGAAGAUAGUGAUGUUCUAAGCAUCAAUGCCGAUGCAUAUGACAGUGACAUUGAAGGUCCAUGCAAUGAAGAAGAUAAUCCAGGUGUGCUGGAAAAGACUGCCAAGAGUGGAGAUGGUCAGAUAGAUGACCUUCAGAAGGACAUUGAAAAAAGUGUAAAUGAGAUCUUGGGGCUUGCUGAAUCCUCCCCAAAAGAGUCUAAGGCAACAACUGUAGCAGUUCCUCCACCAGAUGAUGUUCAGCCUUCAGCACAGCAGCUGGAGCUCCUGGAGCUUGAGAUGCGAGCAAGGGCUAUUAAGGCCCUCAUGAAAGCAGGAGAUGUAAAAAAAUAGCUGUGGGGCUGUUUCAUUUGCAAGAUGUCUGUAUUUGUUCUGAUGGGUGUGAUGUCAGCUCUCCUCAGUGCUAAAGUAUAUUUGGACUGGUUUUGACAUUCCUCAUUCAAACCCUUUCUGUAUCUUAUCUCAUAACUGAAAUAUUUGGCAGCAGUUUGUUAUCGCCAUCAGUUUGCUUUGUCUGUGACUUACACAGACGGAUGGGCUUGAUACUGUUUGACUUAGUUGGUCAUUUUUGUGUGGUGUUAGAUUAUUUUUCAGUAUGGAUUGGGAAACAAAUAGUCAUAGCCAACGUGGCUCUCUAGUUAAAUCCCAGUGCUUUACAGAAUACUAGAAGAACAAGGUAGGGCAAUUAGCUUUCUGGUGCCAAAUAUUUGUGAACAUUUACCUAGGAAGUUUAAUUGUGGAGAGGAGAAAGGUGAUCCCUGCUAUUGGGAAUGGAGAGAUACAGAGCAUGGGCAUUGAGAAUUCACACCAGAAUCCCUUGAACAUUACAGACCUGGGUGGCUUGUCAGCCCAUGUUGCCGGCACAGACUGUAGUUUGAAAUAAAAUUUAGUUCUUAUCUUCCUUAAUCUUCAGCAAGAAUUCAGGAAUAUAAGUGACUGCAUCUUAAAAUACACAGUUUAGGAACAUCUGGCGCAUGGAAGUAGGUAUGUGUGUGGCACCCAGCUUGCUGGAAUUUUAAAAGAAUUUUAAAACCCACAGACAUUUGAAGUGCGUUGCUUAAAUUGCAGAAUUAAUCAGAACAAUCAGCUUUUUAAACCCUGUACCAGGGUGCUGCAUAAGUGCCUGAUUCCUAUGGCUGGGUAUGCCAGAACAGAUUCAUUUCUUGGCAAAUGUGCACUUCAGCACCAUUAAUGUUUUCAGCUUCUGUUUGAGAAUACAAAUGGAGACAUUUACACCUAGCUGUAGAUCUAGUUUUUACACACAUGCCCUUUCUGUAAGAUGAAGCAGAGCAACAAAGACUGAGGUUUCGUUUGGAAGUAAGUGUACUUGCAUCCAUUGUAAACAUCAAUGGCUCCUUAUUCAGCGAGCACAGCAUGUUAAUACCUGCCAUGUUGAAAGCAGGCAAAAAUCAACAUGUACAAGUAAUCUGAAUAAAUACAACUGACUUUA